CUCUUAAAGUUCGCUCGCUGUAACUGCGAUGAUGGAAUCUGGGCGCCGCAGUACCGGCGUGGCCGCGACGAACCUGCAUGUGUUGGACCGUCCGCUGAGUCGUGGCAAGAGCGAGGUAAGUCUGAGCGCAUUCUCCUUCCUCUUCUCUGAGAUGGUUCAGUACUUCCAAGGUCGCGUGCAGAACAUCUCAGACUUGGAGAACCGUCUAGACGGCGCCGGAUUUGGUGUCGGCGUGCGUGUCGUGGAGCUUCUGUGCCACCGCGAGAAGUCUGGCAGAAGAGAGACGCGGCUACUUAACAUGCUGCAGUUUAUCGUAUCUACCUGCUGGAAAGCGCUCUUCGGCAAGGCAGCAGAUGCGCUGGAGCGCAGUACGGAGAACGAGGACGAGUACAUGAUCCACGAACUCGAACCUCUCACCAACAAGUUCGUGUCGGUGCCCCCAGAUCUCGGGCAAUUGGACUGCGCUGCCUACAUUGCCGGCAUCAUACGCGGUAUCCUCUGCAGCAGUGGCUUCCUAGCGGAUGUCACAGCGCACACAGUGGAAGUUCCCGGAGGACAGAGAGACAAGACGGUCUUCCUGGUCAAAUUCGACGAGAGUGUCAUUCGUCGGGAGCGAGUACUGACAUAAGAAGAGUAGGGAGAAUGGUUAAAUAGACCCUUGCGGUCUUACUUAGAAAAUUGACGCUAUCUAGUGGGACAUA